AUGAGGAGUGUUGGAGAAGUUGGGAUUCUGACCCUUCCCCCCAGGCAGUAUCCGGUCAUCGAGGCUGAGCUGCGCUCCACCAAGCGCUGGGAGCUUACAGCCGAGGGCGAGGAGAUUGCCCGGGAGGGCAGCCACGAGGCCCGGGUGUUUCAUGGUGUCCCCCCGGAGGGCCUGGCCCAAAGCGAGCUCAUGCGACUGCCCAGCGGCAAGGUGGGCUUCAGCAAGGCCAUGUCCAACAAGUGGAUCCGUGUGGACAAGAGCACUGCUGACGGGCCUCGGGUGUUCCGAGUGGUGGACAGUGUGGAGGAUGAAGUGCAACGGCGGCUCCAGCUGGUCCGGGCCGGACAGGCUGAGAAGCUGGGUGAGAAGGAAAGGAGUGAGCUCAAGAAGAGGAAACUGCUGACUGAAGUGACCCUGAAGACCUACUGGGUGAGCAAGGGCAGUGCCUUCAGCACCAGCAUCUCCAAGCAGGAGGCAGAGCUGAGCCCAGAGAUGAUCUCUAGCGGCUCCUGGCGGGACCGGUCCUUCAAGCCCUACAAUUUCUCGGCCCACGGCGUCCUCCCUAACAGCGGUCACCUGCACCCACUGCUCAAGGUCCGCACCCAGUUCCGGCAGAUCUUCCUGGAGAUGGGGUUCACCGAGAUGCCAACUGACAACUUCAUUGAGAGCUCCUUUUGGAACUUUGAUGCACUCUUUCAGCCCCAGCAGCACCCAGCGCGCGACCAGCAUGAUACCUUCUUCCUGAGAGAUCCUGCCGAGGCCUUGCAGCUCCCCAUGGACUACGUCCAUCGGGUCAAGCGGACGCACUCCCAGGGCGGCUAUGGCUCACAGGGGUACAAGUACAAUUGGAAGUUGGAUGAGGCUCGGAAAAAUUUGCUUCGUACGCAUACCACAGCGGCCAGCGCCCGUAUCCUCUACCGCCUGGCCCAGAAGAAGCCCUUCACUCCCACCAAGUACUUCUCCAUUGAUCGUGUGUUCCGAAAUGAGACCCUGGACGCCACACACCUGGCUGAGUUCCACCAGAUUGAGGGUGUUGUGGCUGACCACGGCCUCACCCUGGGCCACCUCAUGGGUGUCCUGCGGGAGUUCUUCACCAAGCUCGGUAUCACCCAGUUGCGCUUCAAGCCAGCCUACAACCCCUACACAGAGCCCAGCAUGGAGGUGUUCAGCUACCACCAAGGUUUGAAGAAGUGGGUAGAGGUUGGGAACUCCGGGCUCUUCCGCCCUGAGAUGUUGCUGCCCAUGGGACUCCCCGAGAAUGUAUCGGUCAUUGCCUGGGGCCUCUCCCUGGAGCGCCCUACAAUGAUCAAGUACGGCAUCAACAAUAUCCGGGAGCUGGUAGGCCACAGGGUGAACCUGCAGAUGGUAUAUGACAGCCCUCUGUGCCGCCUGGAGACAUAGGAGACCACAUAACAUGGGCCGCCAUAGACAGACCACCCUCUCCGAGCCCCUGCUGCCCAACCUCUUUGCAUCCCUGGCCACUGAGCCCCUUGUAUUUAUAAGGCCUCUGUGAGGUCAUCCCCCUGACCUUGGUAUCCUCUUCCCACCCACCCCAGAGUCCCAGGGUCAGGGGAGCAAGUAGCAUGUUUGUUCUGAUGUCGACCUAUGAGGGUGGGCCCUGGGGAGCCCUGCAGGUGGCUUACUCACUAAUAAAAUGGGCAGUUGCCCUCAUCUGGUGCCUUUCCUUA